UCAUACCCGAUUGGUCAUCUAUACUUACCAUUUAACUUAUAGUGAUGUUAAAUUAUGCUAAUUUUCCUCUCAAUAACUUUUAAAGGACUAUAUCUCUUUCGUUUUAAGUCGUAAUUAAGAAAAAGUUGCACAGAAAAAUAAGAUGAAUCGUGCUCGACAUUUGCUUUGAUAUAUUUUGUAACAAAAAGAAAAAACUGAGACUUUUAUCACCAGUUCCGUCCAUACUAUGUCGUACAGUUUGGUAUGUACAUAAGAUUACACUACGUGGUAUGAACACAAUAUAAUAUAGAAUUGUUGCACUCAUGAUAAUAGAAAUAUAUUAACCGUCACAUACCACAUUUCAUCAACGUAUACCACUCGUUACCACCCUCUACCAUGACAAUACUUUUCGUUGAACCAAGUGGUGCAACAAGCUGGUGCUGCUGAUGAAAAUCAAGAUGUUCUACUUCUACCCAUCCAUCUUCAUUCUUCCAUGAUAGAGUUGGCACAACUUGAUAUAAUUUAAACAAUUACCAGUCGGCGAACGUGACCGGAGAAUGAGAGGUUUCGUUCAAGAAGACGGAGGCGGAGGGGCACUUCCUCCGAACUCCGAAGGUUCUGGAACCAAGACUGCCGUCAGUGUUCUUUUAUUUAUUUUUCCGUUUUCCUAUUUAUUCCAAAAUACUUAAUUUUUUGUGGUUCGCCUCUAAUAAAUUGGAAAAGAAAACCGGUCAAUGGUCGGAGUAAGAGGCAGGGUAGGGAUGCGACCAAAUUAAGCCAACAACGCCGCCGCCGCCGAGUCUCCGCUUUCCCUUCGUUUCUCAACCAACCUGCAGAUUGAAAUUCCUGCCUUCGAGGAAUCCCGAUUCUUUCCCUCUGUCUCCUUUCUGGGUUCCGAUCUAGCCAUUGAGAUCGUCAUUGGGUUGUCGCUCCUGCCUGCGAUAAAGGGAAGGAAGUAAGAGAAGAUGGAGAAUGGAGAUGAGACGAGGAAGGAGGAGACGCAGCAAGGAUCUUCCUAUAGGUAUUGGGUAAGGGAAGCCACGGCGGAUGCCACUCCCGUCCCUGUUCCUAAGAAGCUCUCUGCUCAAGACGUCGUCUCUUCUCAACCCAAGUCUACCGCCCUCGGCUCUGUCUGGAAUCGGGCAGGAACCUGGGAGGAGAAGAACCUUAAUAAAUGGUCGAGUGACAGGAUAAAGGAGCUACUUACAUCAGUGGGAACCUUGGACUUCACUGGUGGCAAAGCAGAAAUAAAAGCAGUUUCCAAAUGUUCAGGCGAUGCUUUCUUGGUUACUGUGAGGAACAAGAAGCGUGUAGGCUAUACUUAUGAAUUAACUUUAGACAUUAAAGGAGAAUGGACUAUCGAAGAGGAAACAAAGACAAUAAGAGGAUCCGUUGAUAUCCCAGAAUUCUCCUAUGGUGAGCUGGAUGAUUUGCAGUUCGAGGUUCGGCUGAGCGACACAAAAGACAUGUCGCAGCAGAAUAAGCAACGGAUCAGCAAAGACUUUAAGUCAUUUUUGGAGCCUGUGCGGGAGAAACUGCUCCAAUUCGAGCAGGAGCUGAAGGAUAGGUAGUGGGAGCAAAGCACCCCCAAGGAGUCACAUUUGUGACUGAAGUGUAUGAUUGUAUGCUGAGACCAUCCUUCAUUUCCCCUCCUGUUUCAACGGUGAUCAAAAUAGACUUAUUUAUAGCAGUAGUCGUGUUAAGGAUAAACUGUUUGGACACCACCUUGGCCCCGAGACUCCGAAAGAGCUUGAUGAACUUCGAUCGUGUGUGUGUUCUCUUUGUUUCAGUUAAUGGACAAUAGAGUAUUAUCAUGUGUUGUUUUUGUUAUAUGCUCUCUGGAAUUGCCUCUACUUCUUUCUUUUACCACGGUAGUCCGAGGGGUCAGAACUGACAAACUAGAGUCGCUUCUCAGGAUUGAACUUUCAUUUGAGAACGGGGUGCUACUGCCUACUAGGCCACUAUCUUGCAAUGUUUGCACUUUGCACAUCAUCUGUGUGAAUGUGUUGUAACAUUAUGCCGAGUAUCGAUGGUGGCAACUAUAGCCUUCUCCAUACUAUACCCAGCUUCGACUUUCUGCAGACGGUUGCAGCUGGUCGUCGGAAUGGCAGUCAAAGGCCAUCCUUUCUGAGUUCUGAUUGAAGUUCAUUUCUAACUACUCCGAUCCAGGACUCUUGAGCUUUUCAAAAGAUAAGGUAAGUAGACUGAGAGUGCACAAAUGGAUUCUUUCUUGUUCUCAUCAAACACCUUCGGAAUUGACAUUUGACAGCAGCGUUCUUUGAGCUUUGCUGUGAUACCCUCUGGCCUCUAGUCAACCUCUUUUUUCCCCCUCCAACUUCACAAAGAUGUCUAAACUAAACGACAUUUUUAGUU